AUGAAUCCAUCCGAGUUGCUGAACCUGAAGAAUAAGCUGUUGUUUGCAUCGCGACAAAUUGAUCUUCGCCUUCAGCAAACGCCGCCGGCCUCGGCACCAUCCUCGGCACGGACAUCACGGCCGAGCUCAUACAAUCCAUCAGAAUACCGCUGCCAGACAUGCAGCGACUUCUCUACAAGACUCAAAAGCCAAUUCAGGCAACAUACCACGGCCCACUAUCCUCGAUUCGCGCAUUGUUGUGCUGUACCAGGCUGUGACACCGUCUGGCAUAAGCGCGACAGAUUUUCAUCUCAUUUCCGCGAGCAUCACGCGAGAGAGGCAUCCAGUCAGGAAAUAGAGGCCAGCACAAAGGAGUAUCCGUGCCCACCUGUCUGUGUACUUUGUGGUGCAUCAACAAAAUCCUGGGAUGAGUUCUACAAGUGUAUUGUGAAUAACUGCGAAAUCCGUGAUUUGAACGAGCGAGAGAACAAAGGCACGGCAAUGAGCAACGAUACUAAUCCUUCCUCAUCUAUCCAGCCAGAAGAAGAGAAUUGUUACCAAGCAACUGACGACAAGGGGAACGCGAAUGCGACUAGUGACACUCAGAAGAUGGAAGUACCCGAAGAAAAGCAAAAUUUUGUAAAAAGACCACGACCUCAGCUCGAGAAAAAUGACUAUCGUCUUCAGAAUAUACAGAGAGAAGGCUCAACUGAGCCUAGUCCACUGCCGGACGCUGGGGGCUUCACUGACUCCAGCGGGAAAUCACAAACCAAACGACGCAGACUGGAGCCAACGAACGCCAGUACAAAAAACUCAUCCGAGCUAGUAAACCAUGGCAAUGACCACCAAAUUGAGCUUCAUGAAUCUCAAAUCUCAAGUGAAGACUCUUUGAGAGGAGAUCCAGCAGAUGUUUCAAUAAUUUCAACGCAGACCGAUAUCACAGACCCUGAGCAAAGCGGCGAUCAUGGGAUCGGUCCCGAUAGCGCUCAGCCCGAGGGUUUGGAGCACAUUCUGGAUGCAACUGCCUAUUAUGAGAAGCUCGAUAUGCUUGAACUCAACACUGCGGAAACCUGCGGUAUCCAUUUGGGGCCCAGAACGCAGAACGGAGAGCUAGUCGAAUGCGUAACAACUCUCAGAAAAUGCAGAGAUGCACUGUGCAACCUACAGUCUGAGGGAUUCUGUGGAAGCAUGUUAUCCAUUCUAGUUGAGGACCAAUUACGACCAGAUGUUGCAAACGCUGUUCAUCUAUCGCUAAGUGAGAUAAACUCUCUUUUGAACUCACUCGAAUUGAACAUCUCCGAAGAACCCUGGUCCCAAGAUGCUCAAGUUUCCCUCUCACGAGUGCUUCAGAAGUUUCUCGGAAGCGCUUUGAAUGGGCAUCAGCAUGUUUCUUCACGUUUGGAUUGGUUGCCAUAUGUCCAGUUUUUGAGUACGGUGCUGUCAGUUGGCCUUGUGUCAUUUUCAGGCUCACAUGUUUGUCGAUUUGACCUCAAUCUAUGGGAUCAGCCGAUGGAUUCUAUUCCUGUUGGAUUCGAAUAUUCUUUCCGAUCUCGAGAACUAGCAUGUCUGAAGGAUUUUGUUGGUGGACCUGCUUGGGUUUUGGGUAGAACUGAGACCCAAUCAAAGCGGACGGGAUUGAAAGUGUCUCUUAUGGUUCAAGAUCUUCAGGAACUUUGGGGCCCAGUUUGGCUAGUGGAAGGGACAGCCGACGCAGGCCCGAUCAUCCGGACAGAAAGGGGAUAUAUCGUCCCUCUUCCGCGAGAUCAGCAAUCCGAUGCUUCUUUCAGGGAAAUCGAGUGUCAUUGGACAAAAGAAAUCCCGAAUUACAUUACCCAGGAGGAGCAUAUUCCAUUGAGCAGCACAUCACGAAUCUUGAUCGGCACCGACACAGUCAUGACCCUCAACCCCUCAUGCGAAUCGCAAAUAUGCCAAAUACAGCAACACAUUCAUCACCAACUCCAGUUUUCUGGGACUUGCAACGAGUACUACACUACGGAGGGCCAUGAAGUUCAGCUUACUGGGGGCCAAUACGUCAAUUUAGGGCUGGUCAAGAAAUACAAGCGGAAUCCGAUGCGGACAAUGAAGUCAGCACUCAUCGAGGCGUGUCGUAAUCCAGGCACUGAUAUCUGGCCACUUCUAAAGCUCCGGAUUGGAUUGGAGAUCAGUGCAUGCACAGGGAAUGCUCGGCGAGUGACACUUUGGGAUGUCUUGCGCUUGUCACGGACAAGAGAACUCCCUCCAGAAAAAUCAUCAUACUGCGAACAUCAGAUUGGAGACCCAAAAUGCAUCCAGUCGUGCUGGUCUCGUUGCAGCUCCAUCAACUGCACCGAUUCCCUACUUGAUGUUCCUGACGAAGCAGUCUUGACCGAUGACAAGGUCCGAUUCAUACUGGUGAACUCAAUCCUAAUGUUGGAACACACGGGGAUCGACCCAGCAGGCGAUCUCCAAGCCUGUUGGCCCUUCUUGGAUGGCAACUGGAGCCAUCGCAUCACUUCAACACGGUUCAAUAAAUGGAUUGACAUUGUGAAAGACACGCGAGAUGUGGCAACUUUUGCAGUUAUCAGCCAACACUGCUUAGUAUUUGGCGGGGACAGACCCACACACCUAGGAUGUCCAUGUCCACAGAGCUACCUGGAUGGUCCGCACCAAAAGACAUGCUUGUCCAUCCGUGUUUUGCCUCGGCCUGUUCCUCGGCAAUAUCGUGGAUUAAAACGUCGUCAGCUUGGUCUUCCAACCCCUCUAAUUGAAUGCGAUCUGGAUGAGCUGCUUCCAGAUGCCACAUUUCGAGUGGGGGAUAGAUAUCUCACCGUGAAGAAAGCAUGGAAAGGCCACGAUAAAGCUAUGGUUGCUAUUACCAGUUCGAAUCUUGGUAUGGGGCCGUGGAUGGGGGCUCCGGACUUUCGGGAGCAGGUAAAUCCUGACAUCAAGGGAGGAGAACCCGUUGAAGUGGUCAUUUGUUCAAAGUCAUUUGUGGCAUGA